GAAAGAAGAGGAAACAUUGAAGGAGGCCAAAAAGAAAGAGGAGGAAACAUCGAAGGAGACCAAAAAGAAAGAGGAGGAAACAGCGAAGGAGGCCAAAAAGAAAGACGAGAAAUCAAAACAGGUAAAAAAGAAAGACGAGGACAAAUCAAAAGAGCCCAAAAAGAAGGAAGAGGAGAAAGGGAAGAAGAAGGCAGACGAUAAACAGGAAGAAGACAAAGGGAAGAAAAAAGAAAAAGUGAAAAAAGGAAAGCAGGACGAGCAAAAGGGGUCAAGUGAGGCGCGGGUGAAAGCACCAAUUGCUGCCCCAGAACCCGAACUUAAAACUGAGCCAGAAACCGAACAAGCUCCUGAUCAGCACUCACUCAGCAGCGCCGAGAUGCAGCCAGCUUCAGAGGAGCCCAAGGAAGAAGCUGCAAUCAAGGAGGAGCCCAAAGUAGCGGAAGAGGAGGCGGGUGCACAGAAAAAAGAGGCAGAAGAAGAAGCAGAGGAGAUGGAAGCAAAGGGAGAUGAGGAGCCUAAAGAGGAAAAGCCUGCGAAAGAAAAGAAAACCGAGAAGAAGGGUGACGAUGCCAAAGGCUCCAAACGACUGAAAACAAUCCAAUGCAAAGUCACUUUGCUGGAUGACACUCAGUAUGAGUGCCAGCUGGAAAAACAUGCGAAAGGACAGGAGCUCAUCACGAAAGUUUGUGAGAACCUCAACCUGCUGGAGAAAGAUUACUUCGGCCUUGCUCACUGGGAAACACCAACCAGCAAGACAUGGCUGGAACCCGCCAAGGAAAUCCGAAAACAGGUGCCAGGUGCUGUCUACGAGUUUACUUUCAACAUUAAGUUCUAUCCUCCUGACCCGGCACAGCUUACUGAAGACCUCACAAGGUACUAUCUGUGUCUCCAGCUGAGAAAGGACAUCAUGACUGGGGUUCUUCCAUGUUCCUUUGUCACCCUCUCCCUGCUGGGCUCUUACACAGCACAGUCAGAGCUUGGUGAAUAUGAUCCAGAAGUCCAUGGAGCUGACUAUGUGAAGGAUCUCAGUCUUGCUCCUGGACAGAGUAAAGAGCUGGAGGCAAAGGUGAUGGAGUUACAUCGGACAUAUAGGUCAAUGACUCCAGCCCAAGCCGACAUGCUGUUCUUGGAAAAUGCCAAGAAACUUGCAAUGUAUGGUGUGGACAUUCACCAAGCCAAGGAUCUUGAUGGUGUUGACAUUACACUUGGAGUUUGCUCUGGUGGCCUGAUGGUUUAUAAGGACAAGUUGAGAAUCAACCGGUUCCCUUGGCCAAAAGUUCUCAAGAUCUCUUACAAGCGCAGCAGCUUCUUCAUUAAGAUCCGCCCAUCUGAGCAAGAGCAGUACGAAAGCACAAUCGGCUUCAAACUACCAAACUACAAAGCCUCGAAGAAGUUGUGGAAAGUUUGCGUUGAACAUCACACCUUCUUCAGGGUAUCAACAACUGAGCCUCCCUCGUCACGUCGCUUCCUCGUCCUGGGCUCCAAGUUCAGGUACAGCGGACGCACCCAGGCACAGACCCGUCAAGCCAGCUCCAUGAUCGACCGCCCUGCCCCUCGCUUCACACGCUCUGCAAGCAAACGCCUCUCCCGCAAUUUAGAUGGAGCUGGAGAGAAGACUCUCCAGAGCCUCACAGCAUCAACCAGGUGUGAGGUUGAUGACUGGUCAUCGUUGCUUGUUUCUGAAAAGCCCCACCCUUUCCUUGAAUUUCCAGCCACAGGUGAGUCUGAACAGACAAUUAUUCAGUCCUGGAAUACUCAGGCAGGCAGUCGGCCGUGGUGGGAGCUUUCGUAUGAUGCAGAGCUACAGACGAGAAAAGAAGACGACUGGGCUACCCUGGUUGAACGAGAUCCUCCUUUUCCCUUUUCCCCAUCUUUUGAGUUUGUAAAAGGGCCAGCUAACAUCAGCAUGGCAAACACGAGCUUUAUUGACAGGCUAUUGCAACCAGCACAGGAACGACACCGUGAUUGGUUCCUCUACUUUGAUCGAAGCUCCAGCCCGUCCUUGUAUAAGCAUGUCGAUAAACUUCAGCGUGAGUCACUGUGUGAUGCCCAGCUCCAGGUGAAGGAUGAGGAGACAGAGUGUGUCAAAGGGCAAGAAUUGACAGAUGAGGAGGCCAUUGAGAGGCUAGAGGAGAUGGUGAUGAUGGUGGAGAAGCUAGAAGAGAUGGAGGAGUUGGAGAGGAAGCUGAAGAAAGUUAGAGAUUUAGAAGAGAGGCUACAAGAAGUAGAAGAAAUGUCAGGUAGGAUCCAAGAAGUGAUUGAAGAGGAAUUAGGGGAACAAGAAGUUGCCAAACUAGAGGAGGAGCAACUACAGAAGGAAAGUAAAGCCAUAACUCAGACGGUGCUGAAAAAUUCUGUGAGGAUAGUGAGGAACACGAAUGAGGGCGAUGAGUACGAUGAGUUAGAGGAGCAAAUAAAAGAGGUGUUUCUAAAGGGCCUUUUGCCCGAGGAAGACUCUGCUCAAAAAGGAAAAGAUGAGCAUUUAUUUGAUUAUAGUCUGAGAGAGAAGCUACGUCAGAUAGAAGAAGAAUGGAAAGAUGAGGUGGAGGAGAAGUUAAGUUUUCCACCUGCCAAUACCUCUUCUCAGGUAGCUUAUCAGACGGUGGUAAGCACUAAGAAGAGAGUUACUUUUGUGGAUCAGAACCCACAGAGGCUUGAUGCUAUGGAAGAUAGGCUUCUAAAGAUAAUCUCAGAAAAGACUUCCCAAAAUGGUGAGAUUGGACUGAAGACAGAAAUAGUGGAGGAGAGAGCUGAGAGGGAAGUUACUGAGGUUGAAAGUGGAUCUUCACGAGACAACGACAAGGAUACGUGGUCCCUGCUUUUUGACCGUCUACCAUACGCACCUAUUAUGAAACCUUCAGUUACAUCAGUCAAGCAUGAUGCGAUGGAUGAGGGGGAGUUUUUCACCUCAAAAUCGGGGGUUACAGCAGUUGAGGAUAAAAGGGUCCGACUAGAAGAACGACCAGUAGAAGACAUUCCACCGCCACAGACCUUUUUAGAAAGAGAAGAUGAUUGGUUUGUGUUGCUGGAUUGUGUUCCCAGAUUUGUCAAACCAGUGACCUUGAAGGAAGCAGGCCAGAUGGAGGCAGAAAGUUUGGUCUGUCUGGUUGAAAAGCAUGAGGAGUUUAGGGAGAUGAAACUUGAAGAGACAGAGAUGAGGAAAGAGGCACCAACAUAUCUUCAAGAAAGCCAACAACAGCCGGUGAAAGAACGAGAUGAUGACUGGUUUGUGUUGCUGGAUGUUGUUUCCAAAGAAACGGCUUAUGUUGCUCCAGGCUCUACAGGUUUGUAUCUUGUAGCUCCUGUUGAUGUGUCUGCUGAAGAUGAUGCCUCUCUGACUGACGUGAUAGUUGAAAUGAGGGACGACCCCGUGGAUGUAUUAAUUAAAGAGACAGAAAUAAAAGAGGACCUGAGCCAAAAUGAAGUCACAAUGCUGUCACCAAGUUUCAGAGAAAUAGACGACGAUUGGUUUUUACUGCUGGACGUUCCCACCAGAGAGCUCCAGUUUGUACCUCCAGUGACCCUGGCCGGGUACGCUCAGACUUAUGCUGAAAAAGGCAUUUCUCCUCUGGUUGAAGAAAAAGUGGAGGUUGUAGUAGAAGAGAUGGCGCAAAAACAAGAGGCUUCUCAAAACAUUUAUCCAGAGCUGAAAAUAUUCCCAACAGUCAUAAACAGAGAUGACGACUGGUUUCUGCUGCUGGAUGUUGUUCCCAGAGAAAGGGCCUUUGUGCCCCCAGCAGCUAAGAUCUACCCAGAUACUGGGCCUGUGAUUGAAGCGAAAGGCGUAGAACCCACACCGCUACCGGUUGGUUUGGACCAAAUGAGAGAGCGCCCAUCGCAACCACAGCCAGAGAAAGAUGAUGACUGGUUUGUGGCAUUUGAUGCCGUUCGUGAUGAGGCGUUGAUACGACUAGCAGACAAUCCUGUUGAAAUUACUCCAGCUGUGAGGAAGCCCUUUGAGGCUGAGGCGUUCACCACUGGGACUAGAACAUGGGAGAUGAUGGUAACUGGUGACAACACCAGGCUUGUUGAGACACGAAUUACAGAAAUGAGGCCACUCGUACCAUCAUCAGGGAGAGAAGCAAAGGACGAUUGGUUUGAAGUGUUCCAACAACAAACCAUCCUAGAAAAGACAGCUCCUGUACCAACAGCUGCUGUGGUUGAGCAUCUUGUGGAUGAGACCGCAGUUAUAGCAACAACACAAAAAUACAGCAGAGAAGAAGUGAGGCUGCCAGUGAAGUUAGUUGAAAUUAAACCACAACCACGACAGGUGGAUGAUGACUGGUUUGUGAUUUUAGAUGCAGUCAAAGUACCAGUGGCUGAACCAGUCCAAAGGUAUCCUGAUGUAGCUGCAUCUAAAGCUUGGUCAGUCGUAGAGCAGAAGUCACUGCAGAGAAUUACUGCAGUAGAGCAAAUGUGGACGCAAGAGAUGUUGCAGCAGCAACCAUUUCAAACGGGGACAAAGAUGGUGGAUGAUUGGGUUACUCUUCUAGAUGUGGUUCCUAGGAAAACAGCCACCGUCCCUGAGCGCCUCAGAUUCCCGGCAGAAGCUCCGAGAGCGAUAAGCUCUGAGACCAAAACAGGGAUUUCUCUUUCUGAGAGACCCCAGUUUGAAAAACAGAUCCAGGAAGAAAGACGGCUCCUCAAACAUACUCAUGUCCAUGAUGAUUGGUUUGUUCUACUCGACUUUGCCCCCAGAAAGCCAGAAACUCGCGGAAAGAUAUCGAGGCAACAGCAAUUGGUGAUCACACAGAGAAGCACCCGUCCUGUCAGCGCUCCAGUCUUCUCCCAAGCCGCUUUGGCAGAGGCUGGAAUUCCAAUGGCACCGUUGGAGCAACCACAGACCUCCACUCCGAUCAGGACAGGAAUCAAAGAGGAAGGGAAACUUGAGGUCACUUUAGAAGUUGUUGAGCCAUCAAGAACUGAGGACAAGUCAGCAGUAUGGACUGACCAGAGAACUGACUCCUCACUGACACUUUCCAUCAAUGGGGACAUUCAGUCUGAGGUGACGAGCAGAGAGGUGGUGCAGUUGAGAAAGAAAAGGGCUAAGAAAAUUGAGGGUGACUCAAUUUAUAUGAGACAUAGCCUUUUAAUGUUGGAGGAGUUUGAUAAGCCUCAUGAGGACCUGCUCAGGCAUCACGCCAGUAUCAGCGAGCUGAAGAGGAACUUCAUGGAAGCUGUGCCAGACUCCAGGCCCAGUGAAUGGGACAAGCGUCUGUCCACCCACUCACCAUUACGUACGCUGGGUGUCAAUGGUCAGCCCGGUGCCGAUGGGAGCUUGCACAUUAGUCCGCUGUGCAGAGGUACAGAGACCAGAGCUGCACUCGAGGAAACCGCUGUGAGUUUGGGCUUUUCCAGCAAGUCCAGUCCCAUUGUGAGCCACUGCCAUAGCGCUGUGGCUCCCAGAGUUCAUUUUGACAAGUCAGUUGAUCAGGAAGCACUUGUGGUGAUUGGAUCAUCGCUGGUGCCAAUGGUAGAGGUGGAGAUGGUGCAGUUGCCUCCCUCCCUCGACCCCAGCAGUACAUUUUUAAAUGAGACCCAGAAAGAAGAAGGUUCAUGUCCCAGAUUUUCGGAGCACUCUGGGAGUAUAGUUGGAUCUUCUCCUGCUUCGUAUUUCAUGAGCGGUGGUCCACAGGUCAUACGAAGUUUCCAGCCGCCUCUGGUGCAGACCCAUACAGUCACCAUCACAGCUGUCCCUAACUCCUCACCCAGUGGCAUCUCCACCACAGAAGUCCCUAUCGUCCCAACCAAGACCGUCACCUACGAGUCUGCAAAGGGUGCAGUUGACGGGACAGAAGAGGACAAAGAAAGCACCAUGUCCAUCUCUCAGACCUCAGAAACCAUCAGUGGCACCACUGUCACUACCACCACUACACACAUCUCAAAGAUUGUGAAAAGUGGCUCCUCCGAAACUCGUGUGGAGAAAAGAAUUGUCAUAACUGCUGACAGUGACGUUGACCAGGAUAAGGAGAAAGAUGGCGGCGCAUCAGCAUUGUAACUGGGCACCACGCGCAGCUCCUACUUUGACUGUCCAUCUCCCAUAUCCCUUGGUCAGAGUGCAGCACUCAGCACACGCUGACCGACCGACACUUAACGCACGCACGCACACAUAUCUCUGAAUGUGCACCCGGUAGCCGAAUCUGCGUAGAUCGUGUUUGUUUUCGUUCUCUUUAUGGUUUUGAGCUAUUCAUAGAAAGUUAGAGGGCUGCACCGUGUUUGUUGAUCAAACCUCACUUACAGAGGGUCUGGAAAGCUUCUCACUUCCACUUCCAUUGUUUGAAAACAUAUUUCUCUUUCUCUUCAUUUGUAGCAGACAUGUUUGCUUUUCUCUUUUCAAUUGUAGCAGACGUGUUUGCUCUGAAACUCGUUUGCUUCCCAUUUGGAAAAAAAAAAGAAAUUUAUUUCACAAAUGCACUGUUUCUGAGUUCAUUUCGAUUGUCAGUGUUCAUUCCCUUGGAGUAGUCACAAGGGAACUCUUCUUGUUGUUUAUCCAUGCGUUACUUUCAGGAGAAACAGCGGGUGAAAUUAUGUAGCUCACAUUGAUUCACGAAGAUAAUUCUGUGCCCCGAUUCGGGCAGUUGUUUGGUUUUGCUCAGGAAAAAAAAAAUAACCAAAAUUUUGUUCUUUUACGACCAGCCGACAACAUGUAGCCUAAAAGUUCUUGUAAAGUUUGAAUUAAAACUAUUUUGACAUAUUCAUCUAUUUUAUAGGUGUAAUGCUUUUAUAGUGUUUGUAAAAAUUGAAAUUUUUAAGUUAUUCACAUCCCCCUUGAUUUAAGUUUGACGUUGACAAAAGUCAAGGUCUCUUUCUUCCGUGAUUUGCUCUUACUCAAUUCCUCUUGCGGAAUUGAGUAACUCAAUUCCUCUUGCCCCGCCAUUCAUUAGCUAUGGUGUAACGUUGUGCUUCCCUCAGCCGUGACGCGUUGAUAAACGUUGAACGCUUUGGUCUGUUUCUCUCAGGUUUUAAUACACUUCGCAAGACCACAGACCUCAAUUAGAAUGUAUGAGGAAUGUCCAUUUAUUUCUAGCUGUCCCUACUUUUAACGUACAUUCAUGGUCAGCCGAGUGAAGUGAAAACAUGGAAAAGAGCCUGUUCUCACGAGAAUUUCGGAGGAAUGCGUGCAAGAAUGGAGGUGACUUCAAAAGGCUUCCCUUUUAAAAAUACAUUUUAUAGUCACAUUUUCCCCCUGACACAAAGCCCUCAUCUACUCAUUUGCAUUUAUUGGAAAAUAACAUUUGUCCUUUGGGGCACAGUCUCUGGAAAACAGUCAAAUGUGACCAAAUAUCAUGCAGAACUUUUUGUACAAUUUCCAAGGAAACUCUUGCGAGAACAUGUUGCGCUUGUGGCUCGUCUCGGUCAAAGUGCAAGUGGGAGGCGAAGGCAGCUGUCCUGGUAAAUGUGGCUUUUGAUGUCAUAGGAGCACACAUUUUUUUGUUGUUGUUGUUUUUUUUUAUUUUUUUUUUACGUUCUACUAUACAGUAAUUUAUUUGUAAAGUAGCAACUGUUUCAUGUGAUUUGACGUACUGUGACAUUUCAAGGAAAAAGCGGCUUCCGUUUAGAGACGUCACCGAGUUUAUAUCAAGAAAGUUUGUAAAGCCUUUUACCACAUAGUCAAAGUAGAUUUGCUCCCACUCGCUGUCUUAUGUGAUUUUCUGUAGAAGAUAGACGCUGUCAAACACACCCGUCCCUUUUAGACCACGUGUUUCUUAGUCUCGGUCGCAAACCUGGUAGCUACGACAACGGCAACCUCCCCAGAAGAAAUUUAGAAUUUCACAUGGGAAAAAUAGAUUUUAGAUGGUGGAAAACAUUGUUGCUUUGUGAUUCUUCUUUGUCUUUUAUUAAAAAAAAUGAAAUAAA